AAAAGCAAUUUUUUGAUUUUUUGUGCGGUCAAAGCGUAUCCUCGAAGCUCGUAUUGAAGUGAUUUCUGGCUUCCUUCUUCAUUUCUUGAUCUUAGUUUGCUACUUGUAGGCAAUUGUACAGUUGGUGAACUUGAGGAAUAGAUUAUCCGUGAAGAAGAUAGACGUGAUGGCGGAAAAAAGCGAUGAGCGGGUGUCCAGUGACGAACCCCCUGCGAAACGGAUGAAGACUUCAAGGACUACAUCCUCAGAAAAGAUGGAUGGCGAUCAAGAAAGCAAUGUUGAAGAUACGUCACAUGAUGUGCUUGGAAAAGCUGGCUGUCCGCAGCUGCAGCAGGACCCUACACGGCGUGAGAGUGUGCUGGUUAUGAGACUGGCAGCCAAAGAGCAAGAAAUUCAGGAGUUGCUUCCGCAAAUCCACGAACUGAAGGCCUCACAGCUACCGUCCGUACAACAACUGCGCUCGGCAUUGCUCGACCCUGCAGUCAACCUGCUCUUCCAGCGCUUGACAGCCGAACUAAACGAAACGAAAGAGAAGUUGAGUCAGGCGCAGGAUGACAUGAGUGCCUGGAAAUUUACUCCCGACAGCGUGGCCGGUCGCAAGCUCAUGGCUAAGUGUCGUAGUCUCAUCCAAGAGAAUCAGGAGCUUGGCAAACAGCUGUCACAAGGUCGAAUAGCACAGUUGGAGGCUGAACUCGCACUGCAGAAAACCUACAGCGACGAGCUCAAGUCGAGUCAGGAUGAAAUGCAGACAUUUAUCCUGCAACUAGACGAGGAACUAGAAGGCAUGCAAUCGACCAUCAUGAAGCUACAAGAUCAGCUACGCCAGACCAAGCAGCAGCUGGCAGAGGCUGAAGAGAAGAUCGAGAGCGGUGUAGCGGAUGCAGCUGCCAAGGCAUCUGCGGCUGCAGCAGUCAUGACGGUGCUAGAAGCAGUAGCAGAGUCACCAGGGUCUUCUGCAUCUCCUGUGGCUCCUGCCGCAUUGGCCAAGAGCUCUGCUCUGUACGUACAGGAAUCGACCGGUGACGUUAGCCCUGUUGCCACCAUCGCUACUCCAACAGCGAAUUCAGUUGUUGCAGAUGAUCACAGUGCACCCAGUGAGUGCAGCAGUCAAUCUAUUACUGCCGCCGCUACCACUGUCAAUGGAACUGCUCAUCACGUUUCUGCUGGUGUGCCAACUGGCGUGGCAGCUGGUCACACUAUGGCCUCCUCCGCCAUCUCUACUGCUGCCAGUACUACUGAUGCGGCUGUGGCUGCAGGAGCUCUGCCAUCGCCAUUGCCGGCUAUGGCUGCAGACGCCAGUCAUGCCAACAACAGCACUGGUGAUUCUACUCGUCCACAACGUGCAUCUACCAGUGAUGACUUGGAGCAUGGACGUGAUGAUUAUGGCGGUGCUGCACCACCGGGCAUUGAAGUGUUUGACGACUCGUCGUCUCAAUCCGACUGCGAGGAGGACUACCAGGUAUCAAGUGAGCAAAGAACGUUUGAUGGUAAUGAUGGGUACGGUUUUAUACCCCAUUCUCCUGAUGACGCUGCUGCUGAUGAUAGUGAUGCUGAUAGUGCUGCUAGUGCUGCUGACCACUUCAAUGCCAGAACAGACCUCUUUGAUCCUGCUACUGCUGCUUAUGCUAAGUCUGGCCAAGUGCCCGUGCUACCUGCCUUGCUGCAUGUUGGUCAUGCUGCUGCUGCUGAUGAUGAUGAUGAAGAAGACGACUUAAUAUAGCGAGCAAACUGCCGAGUGUAGCAAUGCCAUUUCUUGAAGUUCCCAUCAUAACGUGUCAGGAUGACUUUUUGCACUCUUGGUGGUGCUGCUUUAGACCGUCUUUUAGCCGUUGCCAAAUUUGUUUUCUAGGCUUUCAAACUUCUUGUAUACACUAGGUGUGCGAGCAGAUUGUUCUGUUGUAGGUAUUCAUUCGCUACAUGUCCCCGGUACUGUCACUCAUCCCGUGUACUCUCGGGUGUGUGUGUGUGUGUGUGUGCGUGCAUGCGUGUGUGUGUUCUUCCUUCACAUCUAUUGCCACGUCAUGACAUUAAUUUUCUUAGCAGACCCCGUAGGCCGAUUCUCGUAGCAGUUGACUUGCAGUGAGCACGCAAGAACUGCAUCACCUGUGCAUCCUGGACGAAUGCUUUCGUGUUUUGAUUGAGUUGAUAUCUCACUGGUAUCAAAAUCUGAAGUUCAAACAAUACUAAUAAUACUGAUAAUGAUAUUACUAAGGAUGCUCACUGUACUUUGUACAUCCCAUUGCUCCUCCUGUCAUGUACCUGCAUUGCCUGCAUUGCCUACUGGCUACUUUCCAAGUACACGUGCAUGCAGUUUUUUUCUUUUUCUUUUUAUUUGUUCAAGUACUUCUUUCAGCUCUGGAAGAUUGCUGUUGUCUUGAACGGAACAAGAAACGAGUCAUUACCACA